AUGCUCGUCUCGUGGAGUCUGAUGUGGAUCGGUGGUCUGAUCUGUUACUCGGACUGCACGUGCUCGCAGACAUCGUUCUAUAAGAGCUGCUGGAUCCGCAGGUAUCCGGGCGUCUAUGUGGAUGUGGAGGAAUCUCAGCGCAGAGGAGCUCACAUCCUAAAGAGUUAUCACGAGGACACCGCCAGCAAAUGCAGCAGAAGCUGCUGUACCACGCGCAACUUCUCGUGCGGUCUGGCUGUGUUUCACUACAACACAACUGAAGACAGCGUGAACUGCUUUCACCUGAACUGCUCCAACCCCGACAGCUGCGUUCUACACCACCGAAGAAAUGUCAUUCUCUAUCAUGUGACCAAAGGUGUGGAUCCUGAUCUGUUGGUGUUCGGGAAACACUUCACAAGCAACGUGCGUGUUCUCCCUCACAUGUCCUCCUCACGCCUCAACCUUUCAGAACCUUUGACCUCCGACAAGCGUCAUUUCAACCAUCCGCCCGUCAGAUCCAUCAGCACGACAAAACCCACCACUGGAGCGCUUUCCACGACACACAGCAUCCACAAUCACCUCACAAGAUGUGCAACACGACCUCCAUCUAUUGUUCUGACCGCUUCGCUACCCAAAACAGACUCGACGUCCCACAGCCAACCUCAUCCGACACAACCGACAAACUCCACGACUGAGCAACUUUAUACAACCAUUGAUGAAAAUAUCAUUUAUACCAGCACAACCGGGCCGAGCUCCACGACACCUUCCGGCAUCAUCCUAACCACUGCUGCUCACUCGUCCUCUCCGUCCGGCGCUUUAUCCACACCACAAACUGACCCUCGAAGCGACGCAGUCACAAAGACUACAAACUCGGAGACGACACCAUACAUCACUGAGCUCUCCACAACUAGCCGACAAGAGUCUUCACAAACAACAUCGCCGCAAGCGGAGAUGACACGCGCACCUUCAUCCUCCAAACCCUCCACGACCCUGAAGUCUCUGACAGCUCUCCAAACCAACACGCCUUCACAAACCACCACGCCUCCAACCACUUCACAAGCCAAAGAAACGACAACCACCGUCCACACAACCGCCAGCAGCUCCACGAGCUCAACAUCCACCCGACGCGUCGCCCGCGACCGGACGAGCGAUUCCACGACCAGCAGCGGGGCGGACAGUCAGCCGUACCCCAACGACACCAAGGGCUACGUCAGUCGGAACAUCAGCGCGGAUGACGGCGGAAGUUUGACGUCUGUGUGGCGUUUGGCGGCUAACACGGUUCUGGUGGUUUUGGGCACGUGUGCGAGCGUCACGCUGGGGUGCUGUUGUUCUGUGUUUGCGGCUCUGAGCUGGAGAGGACGCCGGAGGAGAAAGGGAAGAUACCGCACCAACCUGAGGGGCAAGAGAGGCUCCAUGAAACUCAUCAAAUAUGUCAUCGUGAGAGAGAGCUCGUAG